AUGGUUUCUUCCAGGAUCUCGAGAUUGUCACAGACUCAUGAUCCCAAAACUCUGAACAAGCAUUUGCUUCUUCCACUCCAGCUCCCUGAUGUUGUUUCAUCGGAUCUCGUUGAGUUUGAUUUUUCUGAUGUAUUUGGCCCUGCUCCUCUACAACACUCUAUUGAAGUGGAUGCAGCAAAUUCAAUUCCUUCGUCAGAUUUAAAUGGAAUUGUCUAUGAUGAUCCAGAGGUGAUUCAAAACCGAUCUCAUUCUUUAGUGGGUCCCACAUCUUGUGUAAAUCAACUGCUGCGGCUCACUAAGCUCACAAUACAUGAGACGGAGAAUGCCUUGAAGCUUCUAGAGUGCGACUCGGGUGAGUCAGAAGUAGAGGCCGAGAAACAGUCAAAUGUUGAAAGUGAGGAAAGCUUAUUCAAAGAAGAUGUCAACCCAGAUAAAGUUGAAGGUGUGGGGCUUGAGGACUUUGAGGUUUUGAAGCUUGUUGGACAAGGUGCAUUUGGAAAGGUUUUCCAGGUGAGGAAGAAGGGGAGUUCGGAAAUAUAUGCCAUGAAGGUUAUGAGGAAGGAUAAAAUUAUGGAGAAGAACCACGCUGAGUACAUGAAAGCAGAAAGAGAUAUCUUAACAAAAGUUGACCACCCUUUCAUUGUUCAACUCAGGUACUCGUUCCAGGUACGUAAUGUCUAAUUUUCCUGUUCAAAGCACCAAGCUGUGUAUACCGAGUUGUUUUUUCAUGAAACUGGAGGCCCACAGUUUUUUAUCAACUCAAAACUUCGUAUGGAAGAUAAAAUAAAAUUUAUGUGCAAAGUAAUACAAGGCCUCAAUAAGAGCAUGAGGCUUGCAGACAUUUGCAUGAUCUCACAAUCUAAUUCUGCCACUAAUUUUAUCAAAGCUUUGUGGUUGGUAGAAAGGAAAUCCACUAUAAGAAUGGAUGAUACCUUUAGUCGACGGUUUUGUCUGCUGCUUUUUGUAAUAAAAUCUCCUGAUGUCCCACAAUGCUUCUCUUUAGCCACCUAAAUAUCUGUUUAUCUUAUUUUGUGUCAAAAUCAUCGAGAUAUGGUUUCCUUGGCAUUAACGGAAACGCCUCCAGAGGCUCUACAUUUGUUAAAUAAGUGAGCACGUUCUUAUUGCUUUUUUAUAAUGCAUGAUACAAUACACAGAAAAACAAACUGGGUGUAAUUUUAGGAAGUUUUAGAUUUAGAAACUGAGCUAGACCAGUUUUCCUGGGUGAUUUUGAACUUAUUAUCUGCCCGCAGUUGGUAGAUGCGACCAAAUUUAUCCUAGUAUGCAUGAAUCCAUCUCAAGCUGUAGCCGGGGGCAAGGGACAAUUUACUUCUUAUUUCCUUGCUUAAAGAAAUGGUCGGUUAACGUUCGCCAAGUAGGAAUGCGAGAGUAAAUAAAAGAAAACGGACAUCAUAAGAAAUUUUCCCUGGUUACCAUUAAUGAUCUUCUGUUCUAGGAUGAGAAGACCCCUGAAAACUUCCCACAAGUGACAAAGAAGUGAAUAAGCGAAAAAAAAGCCUUUUUCUCGGAAAUCAUUUCGAUCCUCACAUGAUCUGAGGUAGAAUUCAAUCUAAGAUAGAAUCUACUCCUUGUUUCUAUGGAUGAUCGACCUCCUUUUAAAACUUUCCUUGUUUAGUUGUCACACUCACUCUCUUCUGGGGGGAUUCUGGGGGGGGGGAUAAUCAUGAUAAACGCCGUGUCAGUGUAAAUAUUCCUCUAAAAGAUUGUUCAUAUGAGUGUGGGAUCUUGUUCUUAUAUGACAACCAGUUUGUUUUUCGCCAGACAAAGUACAGGCUCUACCUCGUGCUUGACUUCAUAAAUGGUGGGCACCUGUUCUUUCAGCUUUAUCGCCACGUGAUGUUCAGGUAGAUCCGAAGAACCCUUCGGCAUAAAGAGGGGCAUUUAUUAAUUAGCGUUCCGAUAAUUAACUUGCAGCGAGGAUCUGGCACGUAUCUACACGGCAGAGAUCGUGUCCGCCGUCUCUCAUCUUCACGCCAAUGGGAUAAUGCACAGGGACCUAAAGCCCGAGAACAUCCUUCUCGACGCUGAUGGGCACGUAAGAAAACUGUCCUUUUUUUCCUAUUUUGGUAUGGAAAGUAUCCUACCCACUUCCUUUUUUGGUCUAAUUUUCCUGUUUUGUGGCGUCCAGGCUAUGCUGACUGAUUUCGGCCUGGCGAAGGAAUUCGAGGAGAACACGAGAUCCAACUCCCUGUGCGGGACGGUGGAGUACAUGGCGCCUGAGAUUGUUCUCGGGAAGGGCCACGACAAGGCGGCCGAUUGGUGGAGCGUGGGGAUCUUGCUGUUCGAGAUGCUCACUGGAAAGGUCAGUUGAAUCGUGUGUAUAUGUAGAGAGGGAGAGAGAGAGAGAGAGAGAGAGAGAGAGAGAGAGAGAGAGAGAGGAGUUUGUGUGGACUGGAAAUGGGCUGUGGCUGCGCUCAUGGUGAAGCACCGGCCAUGGCUCCCCAUGUUGGCACGGAGCAUAUAACCAAUCGGCUCAAGAUCGUUACUUGCGCUAAGAUUGUUCCUCCGAACUUUUGCAGCCACCUUUCUGCGGCGGAAACCGAGAGAAGAUUCAGCAGAAGAUCAUCAAGGAGAAAAUAAAGCUUCCCGGCUAUCUCUCCAGCGAAGCUCACUCCUUGCUCAAAGGGGUAAGUCCUCGAACAUCCUCUCCCUCUCUCUCUCUAGCUAUCUAUCAAAUCUAUCUAGCUAUGUUGAUAUAUGUGGAUGUGUGUGUGGACUGGGUGCAGCUGCUGCAGAAGGAGCCGGGGAGGCGGCUGGGGAGCGGGGAGAUAAAGGGCCACCGGUGGUUCAAGGGGAUGAGCUGGAAGCGGCUGGAAGCGAGGGAGAUAUCGCCGGGGUUCCUGCCGAGCGUGUCGGGGAAGCAGUGCGUCGCCAACUUCGACGAGCGGUGGACCAGCGCGCCGCUCACUGACUCCCCCGUCGCCAGCCCCGUCGCCGGCUCCUGCAACUUCAACGGCUUCACCUACGUUCGCCCCUCCACCCUCCUCCUCAACAACGCCGCCGCCGACCCCCUCCGCCACCAGUAG